AUGGAGUCUUUCAACUCCUUGGUUCCACGCGAGGUUGAUACAUGUGCCACAGGUAAUGGAUACGAUGGUCGACUUGGUCUGCGCAUCUCUUCCAUCUUUGUUAUCCUGGUCGGCUCUACCCUCGGUGCAGUUUUUCCUGUGCUUACUCGGCGCUUCAUUGAUCGUGGAGGAUUUUUCAAAUGGGCAUUCUUCGCUGCUAAAUACUUUGGAUCUGGAGUCAUCGCUGCGACGGCGUUUAUCCAUCUGCUCGCUCCGGCCGAGUCAGCAUUGAAUAACUCCUGCUUGACUGGAAUGAUCACUGAGUACAGCUGGGUCGAGGGUAUUGUCCUAAUGGUCAUUGUUGUUUUGUUUUUCGUGGAGCUAAUGGUGAUGCGAUUUUCUAAUUUCGACGGUGCUCACGUUCAUGAUGAAGAGGAUAGCACUCAGAAUGAGAUCGAGAAUACCUCACCUGUGUCGGAGGAAGAAAAAAGGAACAUGCCUGGCGAAAACCACCUGGGUCACACCGUCACACACCACGAUGUCGACGACGACUCAGAGGAAGACAGACCGGCGAUCGAAGACUAUGCCGCGCAGUUGACAGCUAUCUUCAUCCUUGAAUUUGGAAUCAUAUUUCACUCCAUCUUCGUUGGUCUUACGUUAGCUGUAUCUGGCUCAGAGUUUAUCACUCUGUACAUCGUCCUCACCUUUCACCAAACUUUUGAAGGACUGGGCCUGGGCGCGCGUUUAGCUCAAAUUCCUUGGCCAGCGAACAAGCGCCGCACACCCUACUACUUAGCAUUUGCUUUUGGACUAGCUGCACCCAUUGCCAUUGCUAUUGGCUUGGGUGUCAGAAAGAGUUACCCGCCCACGGGACGAACAACUUUGAUUGUCAACGGUAUCUUCGACUCGAUCUCCGCGGGUAUUCUGAUCUACACUGCGCUCAUAGAGUUGUUUGCCCAUGAGUUCAUGUUUAGCGAAACCAUGCGCAAAGCACCAAUCCGCGAUGUGCUGCUUGCCCUCUUCCUUCUCUGCCUUGGAGCUCUACUCAUGGCCUUACUUGGCAAAUGGGCAUGA